UUGCAGCUGGACCUCUUAUCAGUAGUGGGGCUGUGCUGUUGGAGAGAGUCAGGGGGAGGGAGUGUGAGAGCACAGGAAAAGGAAGGACACGAGCUAUCAUAUCAGACCCUGUUCCUGAAGCUCAGUGUUGCAAGAGGAGCAAAGGGGAUUUAUCGUGUUAAACAAGUGAUAAAAUAAAGCAGUAAUUCAUUCGGGGCUAUAAGAUCACGCUUCUAUCCUAACAUAACCCACUAGGGUUAUCUAUGGUCAUCAUGGACACGUGCGAAGAGAAUAGCCGUUGAUUAUUCCCGUUCUCUUCCACCAGAGCUGCUAUAAUCUGUUCACAUUGUUUAAAUUGGCUGAACAAAACCGAGCUCCAGGCAGGUGAAGAUCUGUCCACCUUCAGUGAUUUCUUUUGUGAGCUAAUCCUCAAAUGGUAUUGGACAUGAUUUGGACAGGAUGUGUCCUGGUACUUAUUCAGACUUUUACUGUCACCAUUGGGCAUAUCCUGGAACCACAGAGAUUAUUGGAGUUAAGAAAAACAGAAAGAAAAGUGUUCCUGGCCAAUGAAGCGGCACACCAAUUUUUCACCCGCAAGCUGCUGUAUAACAGUUGGGACUUUGAGAUGUUCACUAAGGGGAAUCUGGAAAGGGAGUGUAAUGAGGAAGUGUGUAACUACGAGGAGGCACGAGAAUGCUUUGAAGAUGAGAAAAAAACAAGGUUCCACCAGAUCUUCUCAACCCAGCUGAAGAUACCUAUGAUGUCUGUGUGCAGCAUGUAUAGGGAUAGGGUGUGUGACAUGGUAGCAAAACAAUCCUCUUUAUGUGAAUCUCUAACUGUGCUACACAGAUGUCCUUUGAGUACCAAAGACAGAAAGUUAAAUCGGCAAUGCAGGUUUUUAAAGUUUACUUUUUCUUUUUGUGUAAGGGUUUGUUUAACCCACAGAAACUACACAGUGCUUUAUGCAGAGCUAUUAUUUUCUACUAGUUCUUUAAAGCUGAGUUUUUACUUAACCAUAUAUGUGAAUAUUUGUAUUUGAUCUAAUAAACCCUCUAACAUAUAUAUUAGCCUUGACCACACUUAGUGAUUAGUUGUGAAAAUUUCUUUUGAGAAAUUUAAUAGAAACAUUUUUUUUUUUUGUAUGGAUGGCAGAGUUUUAGCAAAAUGAGUGGGCUCUCUGAUUACUAAUAAAUUAAAUUAUACCUAGAAUACUUUUCAACAUUAGUGUGUUCUAGAUAUGUUCCAUUAACUCUGAGUUGAGUGGGAAUCUUGUUCUGAGCAUUUUAAAGACAUAUUCCAGAGCCAUAAACUUGUGUAACACAGAGUAUACUAAAUCCAUGUAAAGCAAAUUACUUUGAAUGGAAUCUUGAAUGCUCUAACAACUACACUUAACUGGUACAAAAAUAUUGUAACCACUGUUCUUGGCUUUACAACUUCAGUUAUCAAGGAUACCCUUACUGACCACUGCUUAUCGCUCACUGUAAAAAAAAAAAAAAUAAGGCACUGAUUAACCUACCUAGACUUAAGCAGGGAUAUAUUUAAACCAUUUGUUUACGCGUUGGUGGAGCCAGAAAACAGAAGUUAAAGGGACAUUAAGUAUAGUAAAAUAUGCAAUAUAGAUUAUUUAUUUUUCCUUUUACCCAUGUAUAUUGCAGAUUGUGCCUUUAACCCCCCCCAUGUACUGGAGACCAGGAGGGCAAACUGCAUUUCUACUGGGAUUGUCUGUUUAUAGGGCAAUGCCACAGAAUAUCAAACCUUAAAUAAUUGCCCCAUUGUGUGGGUGGUCAAUGAUGAACAUUCAUUCUACCGAGCUUUUCAAGGGGGUGUAUCUUUGGAGAGCUCCGAGAUAUCAAAUCCAUGUUCGUUUUGCUAACACAAUCAGUUUUAAAUGUUUUUAAAACAUUUUUUUUGAAUGCAGUGUUCAAUAGCUUGUUUUAAUACAAUGCAUAUGUAAAUAAACUAUAAUGUCCCUUUACACUUUAAGAUGUCACAUGGUUACUGCAAAGUGCAAUUGUUCGUUUCAAUUAAUUAUGUAGGUAAAUGUUCUCUUUUUGUGUGUUUUGUUCCCAUAAAUGUGCAUUUUUUUUUUUUAAAGAUGAAAAUGGUACGGAAGAUUUCUGAAUAGAUGUAAUUACACCAUUUACAGCUUGUUCUUGUCUUGCUAAAAAUAUUUAUAGGCAUUAUGGAUUGGACACAAAAGUAGCACGUUUAUACCCCUUUUCGUUUAAAAAAAAAAAUAAAAUAAUGAAGUUAACAUUAUAACAUUUUAGUCUAGAUUUGAUCAGGAAAGAUAUAUACAGUGUGUGUGUGUAUAUGUGUAUGUAUGUAUAUAAUAUAUAUAUAUAUAUAUAUAUAUAUAUCUAUAUAUCUCUCUCUAUAUAUAUAUAUAUAUAUAUAUAUAUAUAUAUAUAUAUAUAUAUAUAUAUAUAUAUAUAUAUAUAUCUUGACCAAGACAAGCCUGCAUUUCUUAAUUUAAAUCAACCAAUAAAAAAAUGUACAAUUGUACAGAAUUUGUUUGGAAGCCCACAUAUGUAUAUGUUUUAGUGAAUUUAAGGGGGCACUAAAAACUAUUUUAUAGCAAAAGCACAUGAAUUGUAUUUGCACUUAUCAAACAUUGAUUGAUAGCUAAAAUUGGUGUAGCAGGGAAUCUGGAAGGGUAUUGUGGUUUGAAACCAAAAAAGAUAUUCCAAAAACAUGUAUAACGUUUUUGUUUUAAAGAGCGACGUAUUCUCAAAAAGGUUGAAGAAUCUGCUUAACUAUGACAGUUUAGACAUUAAUGUCCAUUUAAACCAGUUAAAUUUAAAUUUGUUCAUUUGCUAGUAAAUUUUAAGAUUAAACAUUUACAACAAAGCCUAGUUGCACAUUUCUUGUUGCCAAACUAGAUUUUUUUGUGAUUAUCUGGAUAAUUACACUAGAUGCCUUAUUUGUAGGAGGUUCUUGGUAGGAAAUGUAUAGAAAUGUGAACAGUAUAUGUCAUUUGUUAGAAAUACAUUUCACAAAAUGCCUUAAUUGUAUUUUUUAAAUAAAGAUGAUUUGAUAAUU